UUAGGAAGAAUGACUCUGGAGUCCAUCAUGGCGUGCUGCCUGAGCGAGGAAGCCAAGGAAGCCCGGCGGAUCAACGACGAGAUCGAGCGGCAGCUGCGUCGAGACAAGCGGGACGCCCGCCGCGAGCUGAAGCUGCUGCUGCUGGGCACAGGAGAGAGUGGCAAAAGCACAUUUAUCAAGCAGAUGAGAAUCAUUCAUGGAUCAGGUUACUCUGAUGAAGACAAAAGGGGCUUUACAAAACUGGUGUACCAGAAUAUAUUUACAGCAAUGCAGGCCAUGAUCAAGGCCAUGGAUACCCUCAAAAUUCCAUACAAGUGUGAAAAUAACAAGGUUCAUGCACUAUUAGUUCGAGAAGUUGAUGUAGAGAAGGUGUCAAGUUUUGAGAACCCGUAUGUAGAUGCAAUAAGAAGCUUAUGGAAUGACCCUGGAAUUCAGGAGUGUUACGAUAGACGACGGGAAUAUCAAUUAUCAGAUUCAACUAAAUACUAUCUUAAUGACUUGGACCGCAUAGCAGAUUCCACCUAUCUGCCAACCCAACAGGAUGUGCUCAGAGUUCGAGUCCCAACAACAGGGAUCAUUGAAUAUCCAUUCGACUUACAAAGCGUCAUUUUCAGAAUGGUGGAUGUAGGAGGCCAACGAUCAGAAAGAAGAAAAUGGAUACACUGCUUUGAAAAUGUCACAUCUAUCAUGUUCCUAGUAGCUCUUAGUGAAUAUGAUCAAGUGCUUGUGGAGUCAGAUAAUGAGAAUCGAAUGGAAGAAAGCAAAGCUCUCUUUAGGACAAUUAUCACAUAUCCAUGGUUCCAGAACUCUUCAGUUAUUCUGUUCUUAAAUAAAAAAGAUCUACUAGAGGAGAAAAUUAUGUACUCCCAUCUAGUUGAUUAUUUUCCUGAGUAUGACGGACCACAGCGGGAUGCACAGGCAGCAAGAGAGUUCAUCCUGAAGAUGUUCGUAGACCUGAAUCCAGACAGUGACAAAAUUAUCUACUCUCACUUCACAUGUGCUACAGACACAGAGAACAUCCGCUUCGUCUUUGCUGCUGUCAAGGACACAAUCCUACAGUUAAACCUGAAGGAGUACAACCUGGUCUAACUGUACUGGGGGGUCCUCCCAAACCUACUUUCCGUGAUUGAAGAUACGCGAGAGGGACUGUAUUAUAAUCUGUGAAAACAAUUUGCAUAAUACUAAUUUAUUGCCGGCCUGGACUCUGUGAAUGUACACAGAGUUUGUAGUUAAUAUUAUGAUUUUAUUUAAAGUAUAUGGAGGAAAAACAAAAGAUGCUGAAGUACAUUCACAGCACAUUUCCUCAUUUUUUAGGCAAAACCUUGUGACUCAGUGUGUUUCAAAUUCUCAGUCGUACAUUUACAAAGAAUAGCAGUUUUCUGCUAUUGAAGCAAAAUUGAGCUGGUUUCCUCUUUUCCUAAACCUUUCUCCCCCUCCUUUCCUACUUCCCUUAUCUUUUAAAAGGUACAAUUGCCUUUUUUUUCUCCCAGUUGCAUUCCUGGGUGAAAUAUUUUCUGUUGAGUGAUUUGGUCAGGAAAACACUAUCAUCACAGUUUAAGUCAUCAGUCAUUCUAAUUUUACAGUAUGUACUUUCUUUGAAGGAUCAAAAAGUAUUGAUACUGUGAUUUUUAAAUUCUUUACAUGGGUGUCUUCAUUCUGUCUUCACUUCUGACACUAGAAUAUUGGGAUUUCAAAACAGAAUUACAGUUGUCUAAGGAUAAUAAAUUUUACCAUAGUUUUACAGUUAAGAAAGGUGCACAGAAGACAGUAAUGACGUAAUUAAGAGAGAAUCUGGGAUGUACAUGGAAUAUGUUAGAACCUCUAUUUAAUUGCCAUGUGCCAUUUUUUCUCUCUUCUUUUAUUCACAAAUGCCAAAUAGAAAAGUCAUAGACACUACAUUUUCCCCAGUAACUACAGCCUGAACAGUGUUUUUCUCUGUUGUGUGGGAUGUUUUUUCUUAAGUUAGAGCUUUUUUAAGUGUUCUUUUUCCACAGUAGAAAAAUUAUUUUUAUUGUACAAAAUUCAUGUUGCCAAAUCUGGCUUUUUAUAAAACCGAUGCUCUUGAAACGUAAGAUACUGAUUGAAAUGCCAGAUGGAUGGGCUGGGGACUGACCUGAUUGAAUCAACUGCCAAAUGAUUGACACACACAGUUUCAGCUCAUAUGUUCCCUUUUUUAGAAAGUGUACCAUUUUCUAAUGCCAAAACCAAUAUGUAAGUGAACAUGCUAUGAGGUGUACCAUGCACCCACAUGUAGUCUAGUAAUUCAAAGAGUUUAGAUCUGUCAUUUUGUCAGUUAUGACAUGAGUUUGUUUUCUGUAAUAAUGUCAAGGCACCUUCAGUUGUAUUACAAGAAGUUAUUGAUGAGAAAUACGUUCGGGAACCUUUUCAGAUAGAGUUGAUUGUUAAUUAUUCACAGGCAUUUGAUAGGCUUUCCUGCAAAACAGCCUUUCUCAAUGCUCCUUAGAAGAGAUUUAUAAAUGCAAAUGAAGCAGUGAGAAAAUCAUUCUAGAAACAAAUGUGCAAUUUUUUAACAACAAAAGUGCAGCACACAUUGAUGAGCCUUUAUUCUGCAGCUUAGGUUGAAAGGUGUUUUUUGACCAGGUGCAUGAUUGCUAGUGAGAAAACUCUAUAGAGUUCAGACAUGUGAUUGGGUUGAUUAUCUAUAAUGCCAACUGGCACUAGAGUGCACUUAAAACAAAAACAGCUGCCACAUAGCAGUGGAUGGGAGGUGGAAUAAAGAAUGGCUUAUUAGUUAAUUACCAAAGUUAACAAUAAAUACAAAUGAGAUGUUUUUCAUCCUUAACCCUCUCAAAUCCAAAAGAAUGAUAAUAAGAAGUUGCUAUUUUUUGCUCCCUCUUAAACACCUUGUAAUUUAAAACUGGUUGUAGGUAUAGUGCAAUUAUGAAUGCUAUAAUCAUUGUACAUACAUAUAUAUAUAUAUAUGGCAGCAUCCAUAUUGGCUUUGUAAUCAUUAAUUUUUGGCAAAUUGAAUGUGCUGUAUUGAUAUGUAUCUAUGUAAUUGUAUUGUAUGUCUUAUAGCUAAUUCACAUUUUAAAUAAUGUUAUUUUAUUUACUUUUUUAAGAGAGAAGAAUGUAAAUUUUGUCAGUUUAUUUCUGACUAGGGAUUUGUUGUUGUUUUUAUUUACAAAACAAAAUACUAUAGUGCAGAGCGGUACUAGCAUCGUGCUGUAUAAAAUCAUUUGCACAUUCCUGAGUAGAAGUAAAUUGGAAACACCAAGACAGAGAUGAUUCACGUUCAAAACAAUGCUCAGAUCUUGUCAGGGCUUUAUACAGCUGUAGAAAACAAUCCUAGAAGAACGUAUGCCAUUAUAUCUUAUAUUGGAACAUAAGCUUCAAAUAGAAAUUUAAUUUUUUAUUUGACUGAUUCACAUUAUGUUAUUUUCACUUUUCUAAUAGCUUUAUUGGAAAAGUAAAUUCAGAGAUAUUUCAAACCAUUGUACGUAAGUACUAAGGCAUAUAUGCUGUUGCCCUAAAAAUACUGUGAUAAAAUGAAAAACAUCUGAUCAGUCUUUCAGAAACUGCAGAAACCUUAGGUAUAAAAACAACAACCAAAAAGUCACUAUUGUUAAAGAUUUUAAGGAGUUAAAGUGUUUUAUUUAAUGAAACUAAAGCAGAUAUAUCUAGGUUAUAAAAAGUGACACUGACAUUCUGAAUAGGGGAUCAGAGCAGUGACUCUUUCUUACAUAGAGCUUAACAAAAUUGGUCGUGGUCAUGCUAUAAAUGCAACAGAGCUUCUGUUUUCACAGUUCCACUGUUGAUAAUAUUCCUUUUAUUAAGCUGAGAAUACACUGCCUACAUUGGAUUCAGUGCUAUAAAUGGAACUGUAGCCAAAAAUAGGAAGAAAAAAAAUUUUAAAAAUAAAAAAGAGGGGAAAAAAGAAAGAAAAAAAAAAAAAAAAAGAAAGAAAAACAGAACCAAACAAAACAUCAGACAGUGGUGUCUAACAAAAGUUGGGGGGUUUUUAAUUUUUUUUUGUUUCUUAUAGGGUAUUGGGUGGGGGAGAAGGAAAUGUGGUUCCAAGUUUUGUAUAAAACAAAACAAACGUUUACUCAUGCUUUAUAGUUAUAUUGUGAUUGCAAAAGUUUUCAAGAGUGUGUGCCACUGGGCCAUUUUUUGGUAUUUUUAGGUAAGUUGAACCUGUGGCAAUGUUUAGACCAUUUGAGCAUGUUCUGGGAAAAAAAAAUAUUCAGCAUGCCAAGGCAAGCUUUACAUGAAUCACCUAACACAGCGUUGCAGUAUGACAGUUUACAAAACAUUUUCUUUUUAAAUAACACAGCUGUUCCCACUUGUAGUAUAUUCCAUUGUGGUGGUGGUGGUGUUGCUGUUCAAAUUGGUGGUUUCUACUAUGCCUUAUAGUGCUUAAGUCCUGAAGUCUGUGCCUCUUACAUGAAGCUGAAGGCAAAAACAUCAAGGCAGAAACCCUUUUAACUUUGCCAAAAUGAUGUGUUUUCUUUGAAUGUUACAGAUGGGGAGGAGGGAAGGAAAAUGUCUUGGGAACCUGUGUAUUCUAAAUGUUCACUAGCACAAGAAAGCUGUAAUACAUGUUUUACAGAAACCUGGAACUUGCCUUUUUCACGAAUUAACUGGCACUGUCCUUACAGAUGUAGGAUGAUGCAGCUAUAAGGGCAGUUUACUUUUUAUAAUUCAGUCUCUUUUGAUUGUCAAGGUGUAUGGACUGUACUUUAUAAUCAUACUGCCACAUGAUUGUGAAUCAUUUUUUGAAGUUUGAGGUGGAGAAGAGACUUUUAAUGCUGGAUAACAGUCAGAAUUGACUGCAUGAUUUGCAAAAACUCUUUAUGGGGGAAAAGGGCUGCAUAUAGAUAUUGCUAGACUCCCAGCCUUGAGUUGUAAGGUGCAGAAGACUUUCAGAUUACUGAACCUCAUGAUCCUUUCCUUGUAAACAUUCUUCACAAAAGAAUGAAAUAUUAGGAGAAAACAAAGACAUGUUAACCCACAUGAAUAAAAUAAAAUUUAGACAUUUGUCACAUGUGCUGCUAUUCUUGGAGCUCUGUGCAUAGUUAUACUGCAGACUAUUACAUUAGUGAACUAAUGAAGUGUUCACAGCAUAUUAACAAGGCCUACACAUGACCUACCUCUAGUUAAGAGAUCAGUAAAAUAGCUAUGUUUUGGAGAGACUGAUUUGAGUAAUUUAGAAAAUUUAAGUGUCCUGGUAUUUAAUAAAUCAUGGUAUUUUAGAAAUUGACACUUUUACAAAUACAGUCUCUCUUUUGAUGUAAACCACAAAUUCUAGAAUUUAAUAGACAUUAAACAACUAAAGCCUUCCCAGCUUGUUAGUUUAGUAGAAAUCUUGCAAACCAGUAGCUUUAGUUUGAGAAGUGAAGCUACUGAUAUUUCCUCUGUUUUUCCUUCAGGUUACCUAUAGCAUUUUGAGUUCUAUCAGUCAAACAAAUUUUUCUGUCUAGUCAAUACGUUGGGGUCACAAUUUGGAUGACUGAAGAAUUUUACUGUAGUUUAUCUUGAUCUUUUUCACAUUAGUCAUGUGCAGGUAAGAAUGGAAUAGAGAUUUUUAAAACAGUGUCAAAAGAUACAUUAAGUUUAAUGUAAAUCAGUUGAAGGUUUGUUUUUUUCUGUCAAAAUACAGUUUAAGCUGAUUUCCUGUGCUGCAGGAAAUCCUUAUUUGAACAUUUAAUUUUUUUUUUUCUUUUAAGGAAGGAGUGUGAGGAGAUGCAUUUUUAAACUUAAGAGUAUUUUAAAAUAACAUUUGCUGUUAUUAAAGUGUCACUUAAAUGCAUGUAUUGUGUGUUGCUUGAGGGACAGAAAUAGUUUUUUUGGAAAACGAAUAUUGUACAGUUUCUGCCUCUCAAAAAUGUUGUUGGUUAAAAACACAGUAGUUUUGGCCACAUCUUCGUUCCUUGAAAUUUAGUUUUUCUGAAAUGUUUGGGCUUAUUGUUCUCCUAAAAUGCUUCUUAUCAUGGUAAAUGUUGAAUAGAUGUAUUACUCCAAAAUUACUUUUUAAUGAUACAUGCUCCGUCAUCAUUGUCUAAAUAUUAAAAUUUCUAGAAUAUUUUUGUUACAGCCAGACGUUCAAAACAUUUGUUACAGAGAAGGUAAUUUGACAGUAUUAUAAAUGGUUUGGGGUUUUUUUUUUGGCUUGUGUAGAAUGAAAACUCAGAAGCAUGGGAGAAAAGAAAUAAAACAUAUGCCUCAGGAAAAGAAAACUUUGCAGACAGUGAGGAAAUGUCUUAAGGAUUUUUGGAUUGCAGUACUGCUGCAAGAGUGUGUUUCUUUGAUCUUUUUGUUCACCUGAAUCAUGAUAGGAGUAACUGAAAAAGGCGUUUGUACUGCUUUUCAGGAGUUUGACUCAUACCUGGUCAACAAUCAGUGGAGCUUAGAUUAUCAUUAUUGAAGAAAUAGUAUUUCUAUUUCAGGCGAGUUGCAAAAAUUAGUUGGUUCUCUUAUUAAGUGAACAAAACAGUUGAGUAAAGAUUCCUGGAGUGCAAACAGUCUGCCUAAGCAAGGAAAAGACUGAAUGGUUCCUCAUUUUUCUUUCCAGUUGCAGAAUGUAUGGGAGAAGGAUCAGUCACUAGGGAAGGAUUUAUUUUAUGUCUGUGUCUCAGUGAAGAUAAUGUCAACAAACUACAGUGUAAGUUGUGACCUUUAGAUACGUGAAAUAGAUGUAGAAAUUGUAUCUGCGUGAUAAGUUGUGCGUACUUGUGAUUAAAACAUCAGAUACUUUGAUUGUCUCACCAAAUUACCAAGCACUUUGUAGGAUACUGUCCCGAACACCUAGGAGUUCCAGAAUAUUUAUAAACUGCCACAAAAUACACAAUUGCCAGAUCCUCAGGAGCACACUUGGUGUCAGUAUCUGAUACAAAGGCAAGAGCCCGCCUCUCACAGCUCUUUACUAGCAAAGGGAGCUACCCUCCUAAGGUUUUCAUCUGCUCUGAGCUUUCCCUUAUGUCAGCCCUGUUGCUUUGUCAAUGAAUGGGAGUGGAAAAAAAACACCUUAAUUUUGCUCUUCUUACUUAGCGGCAUUAUUGGUCUAAUUUUCAGGGGCUUCAGCCAGUUUGGCUGACUAAGGGUUCCAAGAAGUGUUAAGAUGACCAAAUGGAAGAGGUAGAAUUGUGUGGCCCAAAAGCUUAGAAAUUAGGAAAAAAGGGAGUAGCACUUUUCUCCAUGAAAACCUAGUCAUAGUGCUGUCAUUUCUAAACCCUCCAUGUUAUGCACUUUGUGGGCUAUUAGCUGUUCUGACUUGGAGAUGCUGCACUUUUCAAUUUUAAAGGCCUUGAUUGCAUACUUAUUCUGAAAAAAAAAAAAAAAAAAAAAAAAGGAAAGAAAGAAAAGAGAAAAAAAAGAAAAGAACAAGGAAAACUCUUUCUUGCUCCUCUUUAAGAAUCACAAGUUUCUGUGUAUGUGGACUAAAUGCAACAUACAGGUAGUGAGAAUGAUGGCUGAUGCCAGGAAGUCACGCUUAGUGUUAAGAACGGAAAAAUACAAGAAUUAGAUUUUUAUUCAUCUCACCAUAAAAACCCCCAAAACAAAGCCAAAAAAACCCAACAAAACAAAACAAAACAAAA